AUGACGAAUUCAAGAAUUAAGCAUGCUACUAACAGGAAUCAUCCUAGUGAAGACAAUCCCGGGCUUGUUGAAGCGAUUCGAAAUAGAACGAGGGAAGUGCAACAACAAUCCGAAGCCGCUCGUAUCGCACAGGAGGAAGAAAUGGGUCGAAUCAGCAAAAAAAAGAAAGAAAAGAGAAAUGACCAUGCUACUCCUAAGCCUUUGGAUCCUCGUCGAAUAGGCGGUCAAAAUUUGAAUGCUUCUCACCGAAGGGAAGCGGGGAGUAAAGCCAAAGGGAUCAGCAUCAACGACCCACCACCACAAGCGGAGCAACCAACACAUGAAGAACCUGAUUCUGAUACACCUACUGAACAAGAAGGUGGUGAGGAGGAAAGGAGGAAUGAAGAACAAAGUGGUAGCAAGGAAGGUGGUGAAGAAGAAAGUGAUGAAAGUGAAACUGAUGAAGAUGCUCGUGGCAAGAAAAGUGUUGAAGAAGAAAAACGUGACAUAGAAGGCGGUGAAGAAGAAGGUGAUGAGAGUGAAAGUGAUGACAAAGAAGGUGGCGAGGAAGGUGAUAAAGAGAUAAGAGAAGUCGUUCAAGAACAAGAAGGAGACCCUAAAGGAAAAGAAGCUGGUGCAAAGUUUGGGGAGCAGGAUGAGGAUGAUUCUGAGGAGGAGGAGGAUGAUCCAAAGAAGAAGAGAAAGAGAUCCCCUCCCAAAAAGAUGUUUGAAGUUUAUGAAUGA